AUGCUUCCACCACCUGCUGCGACAUAUGAAAGUGCAAUUGAACUUUUUCAGAGUGCUCAAACAUUUGCCAAUUCUCAAGGUUAUGUACUGGUAAAAAAGAGAACGCGUAAGGAUCAUCAUGGCAAUUUAAAAAAUAUGAUAUUGCGUUGUGACCGGGGUGGAGUUUACAACAGCUCAAAAAUUCAUCAAAGACAAACAAGUACCCGGUUGAUUGAUUGUCCUUUUGAAUUAUAUGCAGCUCGAUGUGAUAACUUAUGGUACAUAAGAGUUCGUGAUAGUAGCCAUAAUCAUGACCCUUCAGAAGAUUUAUCAGGGCAUCCAAUGUCUCGUCGACUCACAAAGCAGCAAUUAGUAAAUGUUGAAGAAAUGACUGCCUCCGGCUCACGUCCCCGGGAAAUAAUAUCAACUAUCCGUCAAAAUGAUCCAUUAGCAUUAGUAAUAUGUAAAGACAUUUAUAAUGCACGUGAGCGACUCCGCCAAAAAAAUUUAGUGGGUCGCACUCCAGUUGAAGCAUUAAUAGAUGAGCUUAAAGAGGGUGAUUAUAUAUAUGAAUACAAAUGUGAUGAUACAGGUCAUAUUACUCACCUUUUUUUUACUCACAAUGAGUCUGUUAUGCUUACCUGUCGAUAUUUAUUCAUUUUUCUUAUGGAUUGCACUUACAAAACGAACAAAUAUAGAAUGCCGUUAUUAAAUGUUGUCGGCAUAACUAGUUUCAACACUACUUUUUUUUCGUGUUUUAUCUUUAUGAAAGAUGAGGAUGAGGAGGAUUAUCUCUGGGCGUUAACUUGUAUUACUAAAUUGUUUAAUGGAAUAUCAAAUCCUCAUGUUAUAGUAACGGAUAGAGAGUUGGCUCUUAUGAAUGCUCUCAAAACGGCUUUUCUGGAUUCUACUAAUUUAUUAUGCUUAUGGCAUAUUAAUAAAAACAUAAUGAAAAAUUGUAAGUCUCAAUUCGAAGAAGGAACAACUGUUACUUCUCGCGUUGAGGGUGCUCACGCUACAAUAAAGACUUAUUUACAUACAUCGGCAGGAGAUCUUCGUAACGUUCGUAUAAAACUUUCCUUGGCAGUAAAUAAUCAAAAACAAGAAUUAGAUACUAAGAUUUCAUCAGAAAAGAUUCGUUUCCCAACUUUUGUACAAAAUAAUUCUUUAUAUGCAAACAUUAAGAACAAAAUUUCGAAUUUUGCCCUUAAAAAGGUAGAUGAGCAGUACCAAAGGAUAAAAUGUGCUACCACACAAGAUCCCUUACCACCAUGCACUGGAUCUUUCUCAAGCACAAUGGGACUACCUUGUGCUCAUAAAAUUCAAAUUAUUGAAAAUAAUCAAGGUUUAACACUUGAUGAUUUCCAUGAACAUUGGUGGAUCCAAGAGCAUUCGUCAAUACCAUCUAUUGAGACCAACAUUCAAGAACUACAGCCUCUUUUGCAAACUUUACAAGAAAAGUAUGAAGAAUGGCCAGAACACCAACAAUCAGCUGCUCGAGAGAAAUUAAACAAUUUGAUUAAUACUCCAUUAACAGUUUUGCAGAAUCCUCAAAUUGUUCGUACUAGAGGAAGACCUGCUGGUGCCUCUAAUCGUCGAAAAAAUAAUUCAACCAGAAGAGACCCUUCUGGGUUUGAGUUGGUGGAAUGCAAAAUAAGAUGA